GCGGGAGCCUCAACACAUCUUCCGAUCCGUUCCGCUCUGCUCCGCUCCCAACCUUCGCAUUUUGUCCCUGUCCGCUCAUUCGCUCGUCGAUCCGUACCCAAGCUGCCCUCCGACUAUUAACGUUGUCAGCAUCUUCAGCCGAAACUUGUUGUUGCAAUGGCGUUCCUACUACCCUCUCAGCCAGUCGCUUCCACUUCUCGCAUCGUAUUGGCGGCUGCACAGUCGCAUCUGCCGCGCCACCUCCCGCCGUUGGCUCGCAGCAGCUCUACUGCUACCGCCAGUAGCAGCAGCACCAGCGCCGGCACAUCAGCGUCCAGUCCACCUCGGCGAGCCUCCUCAAGACGGCUCUCUGCCCGACCUGGAGCCAAUCUUGUCGGUCCGGCAGACCCACUUAGCAACUUGAGACCAGUCGUCUACGGUAGCGCGUUCCAGACCAUUCUCGAUUCGCAUGAUCAGACUGGUAACAGCAGCAUCGACACUUCCUCCAGCGGCGCUAGCAGCAGCAGCAGUGCGGCUCUCUCACAUCCUUAUUCCACCUCGGAGUUCAAUUCACUUCCCUCCGCCUCUUCUGCCUCCUCAAGUUGGUCUCGCUCACUCCCGCCACGCUCAGAGUAUCAGACCUCCUUACUGCGUCGUCUCGAGGCAGCCGAGCUAGCGCACCACCUGCGCAGAGCGAGGGCAGAUCGCUUCUCGCAGGAUUUUUGGGAAGACAACAAUAGACGAUAUACCAAGGCGCUGGAGGAAUAUCGGAGGAGUAGAAGUGGUGUUGGAGAGAGAAGUAGUAGCAGCAGCAGCAGCAUAUCGGCGACUUCCUCUGGCUCUGCGAGCCGGUCUCUUCAAGACGGCACUCAGAGCGGGUCAGCCAGCCACCCCUCUUCUUCCUCCUCCUCCUUCUCAUCACAAACUCAAACUCAAACUCCCACUAAGCCUCCAAAAGCCAGCGAGGACCUCCUCUCCCCCUUCUACUCCGCGUGGCUCUCGGCGAAUGCAGCCCGUCACCAGGCGUACAACGAGCGACUUUGGAGGAUCACCCGCGAGGAUCUAGUCCCAGCGGCGCAGUAUUCCCUCUUGCGAACUUGGUGUGCAGUCGUGGCGUGGGGAGAGGCGAAAUUGGGGAGUGUCAUUGGUGCAGGGGCUAGUAGUAGAAGCAGCAGGGACAAGGAGGGGUGGUGAGCAGGAGGGAAGGGGUGACUUUGCGAAUUUGCGCCCCCCCAUGCGUUACGAAAAUCGAUCCCUCUCUUACCUUGUUCGACUAAGGGCCCGCCAAACUUCACAUGUGCAUUAGACAGAAUUCACACACGCCAAGCGGUAAGAUGGCUGAACUCCUUGGAUGUCAGUGAAACAAGCGGAGGGGGAAGACAGUAUACAAGAGAGCGAGUUCGAGGGGCGAGACGAAGAGGCUACGACUUGAGGCGACCUCGAUCAGUCUGUCAUGGAAAGGGGCUUUGCGCAAUUGUUGCAGUG